AUGGUCAACUUCACGAUCGAGGAGAUCCGGCAGCUUAUGGACAAGCCCACCAACGUCCGUAACAUGUCCGUCAUUGCCCACGUCGACCACGGAAAGUCCACCCUUACCGAUUCCCUCCUGUCCAAGGCCGGUAUCAUCUCCACCGCCAAGGCAGGAGACGCAAGAGCAACGGAUACACGUGCAGAUGAACAGGAACGUGGUAUCACUAUCAAGUCUACUGCCAUCUCCCUGUACCACGGCGUUGACCCCGAGGAUGUCAAGGAUAUCGUCGGCCAGAAGACCGAUGGUACCGACUUCUUGAUCAACCUGAUCGACUCUCCCGGUCACGUUGAUUUCUCUUCCGAGGUUACUGCUGCCCUCCGUGUCACUGACGGUGCUCUCGUCGUCGUCGACACCGUCGAGGGUGUCUGCGUCCAGACCGAGACUGUCCUGCGUCAGGCUCUCGGUGAGCGCAUCAAGCCCGUCGUCAUCAUCAACAAGGUCGACCGUGCUCUUCUCGAGCUUCAGGUGUCCAAGGAGGACCUGUACCAGUCUUUCUCUCGUACCAUCGAGUCCGUCAACGUCAUCAUCUCCACCUACUUCGACAAGUCUCUCGGUGACGUCCAGGUCUACCCCUACAAGGGAACCAUCGCCUUCGGUUCCGGUCUGCACGGCUGGGCCUUCACCGUCCGCCAGUUCGCCGUCCGCUACGCCAAGAAACUUUGGGGCGACAGCUACUUCAACCCGCACACCAAGAAGUGGACGAGCAAGGGCACCCACGAGGGCAAGCCUCUGGAGCGUGCGUUCAACCAGUUCAUCUUGGACCCUAUUUUCAAGAUUUUCUCCGCUGUCAUGAACUUCAAGAAGGAUGAGGUUACCACCCUUCUCUCCAAGCUUGACCUCAAGCUCGCCACUGAGGACAAGGACAAGGAGGGCAAGCAGCUCCUCAAGGCUGUGAUGCGCACUUUCCUUCCCGCUGCCGACGCUCUUCUGGAGAUGAUGAUUCUCCACCUUCCUUCCCCCGUCACGGCCCAGAAGUACCGUGCCGAGACUCUGUACGAGGGUCCCCCCGAUGAUGAGGCUGCCCUUGCCAUCCGUGACUGUGACCCCAAGGGUCCUCUCAUGCUCUACGUCUCCAAGAUGGUUCCCACCUCCGACAAGGGACGUUUCUACGCCUUCGGUCGUGUCUUCGCCGGUACAGUCCGCUCCGGUCUGAAGGUCCGCAUCCAGGGACCCAACUACGUCCCUGGCAAGAAGGAGGACCUUUUCAUCAAGGCCAUCCAGCGUACCGUCCUGAUGAUGGGUGGUAAGGUCGAGGCCAUCGACGACAUGCCUGCCGGUAACAUUGUCGGUCUGGUCGGUAUUGACCAGUUCCUUCUCAAGUCUGGUACCCUCACCACCAGCGACACCGCCCACAACCUCAAGGUCAUGAAGUUCUCCGUCUCCCCCGUCGUGCAGCGCUCCGUCCAGGUCAAGAACGCCCAGGACCUCCCCAAGCUUGUUGAGGGUCUCAAGCGUCUGUCCAAGUCCGACCCUUGCGUCCUCACCUACACUUCUGAGUCUGGUGAGCACGUCGUUGCCGGCGCUGGUGAGCUUCACCUGGAGAUUUGCCUGAACGAUCUCGAGAACGACCACGCCGGUGUCCCUCUCAUCAUCUCCGACCCCGUCGUCCAGUACCGCGAGACUGUUGCCGGCAAGUCCAGCAUCACUGCUCUGUCCAAGUCUCCCAACAAGCACAACCGUCUGUACAUGAUCGCCGAGCCCAUCGACGAGGAGCUCUCCAAGGAGAUCGAGGCUGGUAAGAUCGGCCCCCGUGACGAUUUCAAGGCUCGUGCUCGUAUCCUCGCCGACGACUUCGGCUGGGAUGUCACCGAUGCCCGCAAGAUCUGGACCUUCGGCCCCGACACCACUGGUGCCAACUUGCUCGUUGACCAGACCAAGGCCGUCCAGUACCUCAACGAAAUCAAGGACUCCGUCGUCUCUGGUUUCCAGUGGGCCACCCGUGAGGGUCCCGUCGCUGAGGAGCCCAUGCGCUCCACUCGCUUCAACAUCAUGGAUGUUACCCUGCACGCCGAUGCUAUCCACCGUGGUGGUGGUCAGAUCAUCCCUACUGCCCGUCGUGUUCUCUACGCCGCUGCUCUGCUUGCCGAGCCCGCUCUCCUCGAGCCCGUCUUCUUGGUCGAGAUCCAGGUCCCCGAGCAGGCCAUGGGUGGUGUCUACGGUGUCCUUACCCGCAGACGUGGUCACGUCUUCAACGAGGAGCAGCGUCCUGGUACUCCUCUCUUUACAAUCAAGGCAUACUUGCCCGUCAUGGAAUCCUUCGGGUUCAAUGGCGACUUGCGCCAGGCCACCUCCGGACAGGCUUUCCCUCAGUCCGUCUUUGACCACUGGCAGGUUCUGCCCGGUGGUUCUCCUCUCGAUGCCACCUCCAAGGUCGGACAGGUCGUCCAGGAGAUGCGUAAGCGUAAGGGUCUCAAGACUGAGGUUCCGGGUGUUGAGAACUACUACGACAAGCUGUAA